GUGUCAGAGCGCAGGAGCAUGAUUAACACUCAGAGGAGGGAAGCACUGGAACUACUUCCUCAGAGAGGAACAGGAAGUAGGGGGAGGAGCCGAGCUCUGCACAGGCCACUUUCAUUUUGACCCAGCACUCAUUCACACCACACAACUGAGACGGAUAUCUUCCAUUGACUCCCACUAACAGUUGGUCAUGGACGUCAUAGAGCCCAUCUUAUCCAUCGCCUCAGAGAUCUACGGACUUGUUGAGAAAGUAAAGGCCAAUAAGAAGCGCUGCCGCCGUGUUUGCGACCGGGUCAAUGCUCUGGUGGAGCUGGUGAGGUCCAUCAAACAGAUGGGACAGGGACAAAUCUCUGCUGACGUGGAGAGACCCCUCAAGGAACUCUCCGUCACUCUGAAAUUAGCACAGGACCUCAUCGAGACGUACACUAAGGCCACCUGGGUGAGGCGCGUUCUGGACUCUGGCAGCCACGAAGACGAGUUCAAGACUGUGAACAGACGCCUCAAUGAUGCCUUCCAGGUCCUGUCUGGGGCUCUGCAGGUGGAGCAGGGGAACAUGCUGCGCAAGGUGUUUGAACUGAGCUCCAAAGAGGAUGAGGUGGACGGGAAGGAGGAUGACGCCGAGCUGCAGAAAUUGCUCAAGGAGUUCCAGAAGGAGCAGCAGGAGAAGAUGGAGGCCAUGAUCAAAGAAUUCGAGUCCGUCAGAAACAAUGUGGAAAAGAUUGUGGCGAUCUUGAAUAAGCCCAGAGCUAUUGAUGAAGACAUCCGAAUGAUCAAACCACACGAGCUGGACUACGGAGAAUCCAAAAAACCCUUCAUGACAACAGAAACCUCAGAGGUCUACAAAGGACAGUUCAAGAAAUUCCCGGUGGCCAUUAAGAGAUACAUUGACCCUUUGAACACCAACCCAAGAAACACUGUCUCCACAUGCAGGGAGGUGCGAAAAAUUUUCGAAAAGGAGGUUGAAACCAUGAAGCGCUUUGAGUCGCACAACAUCCUGCGAAUGUUUGGCAUCUGUGUUCAGAACGAAAACGGACCCCACCCUGAGUUCCUCCUCAUCAUGGAGUACUGUGAGAAAGGAAGUCUGCGUCAGGUUCUGGACAAGUCUGGUAGCAGCCUGUCCUGGAUCACAAAAGUUCGCAUGUGUCGGGACGCAGCACGAGGACUCUACGCACUGCACCAGGCUGAAGAAAAAUCUAAGGUUCAUGGAUGCAUCACCAGCAGCAAGUUCCUGGUAACCGAAGGCGACGAAGUCAAGCUGGGAGGUUUUGAACUGGCAAAAACUGAGACAUCACUGAGGAAGCCGAAGAAGACCAAAGAGAAGGACAGGACCCUGAGUUACACGUCUCCUGAAAUGCUCAAAGACAUCAACCUCGGCUACAGCAAAGAGAGCGAGAUUUACAGCUUUGGAAUCGUCCUGUGGGAAGUUGCAACCAGUAGGAGACCUUUUGAAGGUUUGGAAAAUCAAGACAUCUAUCAGAAAGUAGGCAAAGAGAAAUAUCAGGAGCCGCUCCCCGAAUGUCCUAAGGGACUACCACUUGUGAUCAACUCCUGUCGGGACUGUGAUAGCUUCCAGAGACCAUCUGCUGGAGUGCUCGUGGAUCAACUACAAAGUGUGCUGGCAGAGUUGGAGAAGUGCUGAAACUCUUCAUCCCUCUUCCUCUCCGUCAGCAGCACUCAGGGUUUCUGGUCGCAGACAUCCUCAGGAGAAGAAAUACUAUUGUUGAAUCAUGACAGUAGCCUGAACAUGCUGAAAACUUCUAUAUAAUCCAUUUACAAAGUUUACAAGGCACUGAAAGCAAUAUCUUUUUAUUUUAGUUUAGGGUGAUUCUGGGAUCAAGCUGUUUAAAUCAGGGAAUGAAAAAAAAUCAACCUUCUUAUGUGUCUAUGUAGAAUUUUGUGGUGUUUUUUGAGCGGCAGUGUAACUUUAAUGUUUUUUUUGUUAAACGUACAAUAUGUAGCUUUGUGCUGCUCGGGGUCUCUCACUCACAACAGCCCAUGCACAUCGCCCACACCAUUGUGAGCAUUUAUACUUGUGCGGUGGUGUGUCUGUGUCACUCUGCAGUUACACCUCCAAAACACUAGUUGGUGGGGAAUUUCUUUGAAAUGCGGUGAAGUUUAGUUGAUUCAAACACACAUUAAGCACACAUUAAACACACAUUAAGCACACAUUAAACACACAGUAAACACACAUUAAACAUGGCUUAACGGCAACAGUUUCAAACACAAGUACACAAAUCAGCUUCAUUAUAACUCGCAGCAUUCACAGACAAACACUUGUCUUUAUCUGGACGCAUUUUCCCCACAAAUACAACAUGCUAACGUUAUUAGCACAAGCCUAUGGCAUUUUACAUUGUAUAAAUUAGCCUAGCAGCUAGUGAACUUUUACUCUACUCAUAUAAAACCAGGGACAACAGCAACAUUUAACAAAGGUAACGUUAUAAAAUUGGGGUCCAUGACAGCUCACAAGGUUCACUGACAAAACAACUGUCUUAUACUAAACACGUUUUCCAAACAAAUAUAACAUACUAACGUUAUUAGCUAAGCCUAUGGCAUUUUACAUUGUAUAAAUUAGCCUAGCGACAAGCGGAGAUUUCCUCUGCUCAUAUGAAGCCAGGAUAAAUCACACACAAGACUUAUAAUGCUGUUUUGUGGAGGCUUUACUGUCUUCACAAUUUAUUGUUUUUUAUCUGUGAAAUAAAAGUAAAUCAAAGCUUAAUUUCCACUGAGGGAAAUGGUUUCAGCUUACAGAGACAGACAGGAGGUCUGCGUCACAGACACGUGUAAUUUCAUUUCUUGGGAGGUGCAUGUCAGGCUACGCUGUAGGUACGUCGUCGAUUCACGAAGGGAACAGGUCAAAUGUAACGAGAUGAGGAGGGGGGCUGGGGGGUCAGCGGGAACCCAGUUAAAAAGGCCUCUAUAUUUAGUAGUCUUUGCUAUGUAGUUACUUUGUUGUGGCCUCAAGUAACAUUUCAAAAUAACUGUAGUAAUAGUGUUAGUAAAAAUUAGUAAAAGAUGGACAUUUUGAUGUUUUUCCUCCCCAUUUGUGGCGCCCCCUAUGGAUGAUGGCACCCAUAGCAUUCGCCUAUACUGCCUAUACCACGGGCGACACUGCGGUCACCACUGUCUUUGUGUCUAGUUCUUUGGUCUCAUUUCUAACAUUGUGUACCCACAAAACGAGGCCUGAAAGAAGUUGUGAUAUAAAAACAGACUUGAUGGGAGAAACUUUGACUCAUGCUUACCAACAUUUUGGGGGGGGGGAAUUGGCGACACAGGUGACGAGGUGGAAGCCUGACUGUGGAAAUUAUCAAACAUUUUUUGGUGCGCACGAUUUUUGGCUUUUGUCUGUACGUACAUUUUUAGUAUGGAUCCUACGCAUUGUUUAUAAAUGAGACCCCUGGGAACAUCCAGGAGCAUCUGAUAGGUCGACUUCAGUGCUCUCACUAGGGUGUGAAGACACAACAGUUCUACUCGAUAAGGAGGCGCCAAAUCAAUCCUAAACCGGACAGGAGGGAGGCCAGUGACCAAAAAACAUGGACCCUUACAUUUCUCUGGGUUUGAACAUUGCUGGAAACAUUUGGGAUAGUAUGAGCACAUAACUCAACAACAUUUAUAACAUAGGUGUAGUAGUUUUUAAAAUGUUUUAAUGUGUAAAAGUUUAUAUCUUUAAAUGAUUGCAUGUCAGCAAACCUCCUGUUAGAGGUGUUCUGGGCAUGGGUGGAGGGAUUACAUAUUUCAUCUGGCCUGGAAACGUCUUUGGGUCCUCCAGGAGGAGCUGGAAAGUGUCGCUGGGCAGGGGGACAUCUGGGGAGCUUUGCUUGGCCUGCUGCCCCCGUGACCCGGCCUCGGAUAGGUGGUUGAAAAUGGAAUGGGAACCAAAUAAUUGCAUGUUAAGGAGCCAGAGCUCCUGCUGGGGAAUUAGUUAUACCUGCCACACACCUGUUGUUAUUUCAGCCUUUAUAUUUACUGAAUUAAAGAGGUGUUUUAUAGAACAUGAGAGGUGAAGUUAAAGUGUUGAAAUAUGCCUAAUAAAAACCAAUAAACAAACCAAUAA